AUGCCAUAUUACGCGAAUACCAUUGUGAAAGUAAGAUAUGUUUGUCCAAGUACGAAAGAGGAUAGUAAUCUAAUUACAUUGUGGGCUAUCAGUACUUAUCUAGUUGGAUGUGAAGAUAAUGUGAUCGAAAUGGUUUUAUUUGUUUUGAAUAAUUCUGAUGAAAGAGAUUUCGAAACCCAAGCCAUUUUUGAAAGAGAUGGUUAUUACUCUGUUGGUGAUAAAAUUGUACCUGGAAUUUAUGAAGGCAAGAAGAGACCAAAGAUGACAGUUUCAAUUUCUACUCACGUGAUGAUCUUGAAUAAGGCUCCUGAAUCGAAUAAGUGUCCUUUGAGAAUUUUUCUCAUUGGAGUUGCCCAAGAAUCACCGAAUGUAUUAAAAAAUAAUGAGAAUGCUAUUUUUAACAUGAUGAUCAACGAUUAUGCUGGUCAAGAUUGUAAUUUCAUAGUCAAAGUUGUUUUUCCACAUCUCAAUUCUCGAUUUUUGUACCUAAAGAAUACAAUUCGUCCGCAGAAAUCACUUGUUUUUAUUAUUGGGCAAUUGGAAGUCAUUUAUAAUGAUUUUUACAUUUAUGCUAAAGAUAUUAGUAUUGUCAAUACCAGUUCAUUUAAGAGAAGAAUUUUUGACAACAGUUUCAGUAAUUUAUCAGAUAUCAUUAAUACUACUUGGUCAAAACUUCUUUCUACAUAUCGAAAUAUUAAUGAAAGUCAGAAAGGUAUUGAUAAGUUUGAAACUUCAUUCCCAAAUGUUUCAAAUGAUUCUGUUUAUAAUAAUUUUCAACUUGCAUCGUGUUUCAAGUGCAUGAGAACUGAAUAUAGUGAUGAAUCUACAGACGUGUUUAAUGAUACUAGCAGUAAUGAUAUGAAGUUAGGUAAAGUUAAUAAUUUGAAUGAAGUUGCUCAGAAUGAUUGUGUUGGGAAUGUAUCAGGAGAUAAAAAAUAUAAAAAGAGCAAGAAUGAUAAAAAGGGUGUAGGUCAUCAUUUGCAUAGUAAUUCGAGAUUACUUAAGUCUGAUAUGAAUAUUGUUAAUAGUGAGUAG